UGCUAGGAUCGAGCGACUGCGGUUUGACAUCUAACACAAGCAAGGAAUCCAACACGAUGAGACAUGUACUAAUAUGAAAUAGAUGUUGAAGAAAAAACAAAUAUAACGAUGUGGUGUUUCUCUUUCUUCAAAUAUUGACAUCCCGUGUUUCUGUUUCUCGUCCUGAACUUGGACCCCUGCUCCGUUUGCGAGUUGCAGUUUGCAACGGCGGCGCGACGGGGCAACGAGAAGAACUACUACACCGAGCUACUUGUACUUGUCGCGCUCCUCAUGGUGGACUUUUUUCGUGGGCGGAACGCGAAGCGGAUUCUCCCGGACGCAUCCGGGGGGUCCGAUCAGCAGCCUAAUUCCGUUAUCAAAUGUAAAAAUGUAGUCUGGCUCUGGAAGCUUCUGACACUUGUCAUGCACGUUUUGCAUGAGCCAUGAUGUCUGUGAUGCAUACCCUAGCAAUACAGAUUUUUUGAUGGCUUCUUGAUGCCUAUUCCGCAUGACAAAUGCCUUCUUAGCGUAGCAAAAAUUGCAUUCCGUUAUUUGCUACUCAUGCAAUACAGAUUUUUUUGGAAUCUAAAUACAGCAUCACAAGUUGCAUUCUUCCAGACCCAGACAUUUUUACACUUCAUAUCCGUUGCCGCACCGGUGGUGGAGCUGUCGCUGCAGUCCCGCGUUUUGGACUUGGAGGAGCAGUUAUGCAAGAAAAGAACUGUGUAAGUGUAAAUCUGUGAUGCAGAAAAUGCAAAACAGUUAGAGUUGUCAUGCUGGAAGUGCGUGAUAUGCUACUAUCAUACGUGUUUCCACUUGCUAGCUGCGCAUGACAGGUUUUCCCUGUAAUGCAAAGCGAAUUUGUGAUGCUGCGCUUCCUACAAAGUUACACUUACACAGUUUUUUUCCUGGAUAGCAGUUAUUGGACCUGCAAUCCCACUUGGAGAAACGGUUCCAGUCGGUGGAGGAGGAGGUGAACAAGAGACUGGAAUUAUUCUGAGUAAAAACGUGCCCACCCCAGAGUCAAGAUGGGGAAUCGGCUAGACAAAUCCACAAGUUUUGGCUGUUUUCCAUGACAAAUUUGAACUCGUAGUGAAGUACUGUUUGAGGUAGUUCAGCAGCAUGAUAGAUCUAGUGCGUAAUGCUGAUUAGAGCAUGACAAAUUCCAAAACACGACUAGACAAUGCUUCUCGUGGGGCUCCGCAUGAGAAACAUUUUCAGCAUGCAGAUUUGCAUGAUAGCUAUGGGGUGGGGACGUUUUUACAAAUGAUAGAAAUCGAAAUGGGAAAAAUUCGAGAUCUGGGACCGGAGGUUCAAGGAACACCUGCGGUCAGAGCAGGAGGUGAACCAAAGUCAGAUGCUAAAUCUCAAAAACAGCGGCCUGGAAUACAUUUUGCAGAAGGUAUAGUACAAUAAAUGCACUAUGUAUUACAAGAACAAAAUGUUUCUUUAGUGAUGCCGCUGCGCAUGACAAGAAUGAACUUCAGUGGCCCAUCACCAUGCGUAGUACCUACUAGAAGUAGCUCCUGAGCAUGACAAACCAUUUCUCAGGGCGAAUCCGAGAAGAAGCUGGUAAACAACAUGGAGCUGAAAGUUUCCGCGAUGGAUGCCCAGCUGGGGCAGCUGUCCAUGAUGAUGGAGAAGAUGAUGAACGGGGAUCUUGGCACAAAGUCCGUCACCAACCCGGGCGGGGAUUUCUUCCCGGCGGACUUACUCCCCGGCGGGGUCGUGCACCAGGCCGUUCUCGACCAGCAGCCAACCCUCCAGAACGGCGUUUUUGUCGGGACAUCUCCCAGUUCCCCCUCCAAGCAGCCGUUUGGAAGUAAUAACCAAGGUGGUCGUGGUCUGUCGCAAUCCCCACCGUACUCCGCCCGCAGUACAACGACGACCAGGAUGAAUAACAACGGGCAAUUACUGUCCGCGAAGCUGGUCCGAGCGGCGACCGCUGGGAACAUGCUGAACUACAACGUCGCGCUGGAGCAUGUGAAAAAACAACUCGCCUUGGAGCAGGAAGCGAGACAGCUGCUCCAGGAGGAGAUGACCACGAACGUGAAAGCGCUACACGCGGACCUGCAGCAUUUUAUGCAGAAACAGGAGCACGAGUACUUGAAGGACCAGAAGGUGAAACUGCAGGAGGAGCACGACGCGCGGAUCCUGAAGCUCUCCGAGGGGUCGGUGAACCACGCGUUUGCGCAGCUGAAACUGGAGUUGUAUCAAAUGCAAAUGUGAGGUCUGAGUCUGGAAGAUUGCGAGAUUUGGCAUGCUAUUCUGGCAUGUUGACCCUGCGCUCUGUAUUGCGUGGUCCUGCAAACACGCAGUUUCUGAUGCGGAAUACGCUACUCAGAACCACGCAAAAAGCUGUCGUGCUUGGCAGCGCGUCACAGUGUGCUCAUACAUUAUUCCCUGACCUGCAUCACAGGUUUGCAGACCUCCCAGACAUUAUAUUUGCAAUUCAUAAGUUGGACGUUUUGACCACGCAGCAACGGCAGAAGGAUAAGGAGAUCGUGCAGGUGAACGCGAGUUUGGAGGACAAACUGUUGCAGAAUUUGUCGUUGGCAACCGAAUAUGCAUUGCAAAUAAAGUAUCGUACUCUAGUAUGAAUUGCAUUACAAAUUUGCUCAGCAUGGAAGCUGAAACUUGUCAUGCUGUUUUCCCCUAAGAACAAGAUUUGUCAUGCAUAAUUGCAAUUACAUAUUAGGGGUACGAUACUUUUGCAAUGCAUACCGAACACCAAACGCGGAACUCGAAGGAUUUGUGGCAGUGCUACAUCGACAUGGGGAAGGAGUGGAAGGAGGCGGUGUCGAAUCUGCAGCAAAUCAUCGAGAACAAAUCCGGCGUCUUGCUCGCGGAGAUUGACCGGAAGCUGGUGAACCAGUCGGACCUGAUAUCAAAUUGAAAAAAGUAGCCGCCGCCCCAGCAGAUUCAAAUAUUUGUGUUGCAAAAAUUCCAAUUGAAAACUUUUUGUCUUGCGCGCUUGGAUGAAGACUGUCUGUCAUGCAGAUUGUAGGCGCGCGAAGUAGUUUCUACAUGAAAAGCCAGCCUUGCACUGGGCCUGUUUGCAAGACAAACUUUUGCUAUUCUCAGUCGCAAACUUGUGGUGCUGAUACAAGCAAGGUGGCAAAAGCUUCCAUUGGGAACUUUUGCAACACAUAUUUCAUAUUCUGGGGCGGGGACAUUUUUCAUUUUGAUACCUGACGAAUUCUCAUUUCAAGGACCAAAAGUCGGUGAACGACGCCUUCGACCAGAGGCUGGCGAAGGCGGAACUUGUGGUGUUGCAACAGGACCAGAAGCAAGAGACGAAAGACGUGCAGAAUGAGGAGGAGCAGAAGCGCUGGAAUCGGGAGUUCACCGGGCUGUCCACCAUUGUCGGGCACGUGAAAACAAAAAUUGCCGGGUUGGCGAAAACGCAAGAGGGACUCGAGUCCUUCUGCUCCAAAAAGAUACAGGUACUACUAGAGACAUUUUUUAACGAAGUUGGUUGUUGUGUAAAAGGAAAAAAAGUUUUGUCAGUUUGUGUUGCGCAAGGAAUGAUCCUCGACGUAUGGUGCCUGAUAAAUAGAAUUUUGGGUCGGCAUUCAGAAACACCUCCAAGCAGAAGAACGGCACUGAAAUCUGUUUCUAAAAAGUGAAUAAUAUGCAAAAAAUCAACAUUCUAUCAGGACGAAGUUUCGAAGGGCUGUGAUUCCAUUCGGCAUCUAGCCAUGGAGAAUUUCGAAAAGUUUGAGGCCCAGGUGGAACAGACGAGACUGCACACCGAUGCGGUGGACAAGCUGAACAAGGAAAACCGCAGGACGAACACGACGGAUCUGCAAAAUAUGGAGGCGAAAAUGCAGCACUCCGUCCAGGAACUGACCGCGACGGUGACCAGAUUGCUGCAACAGGCAGAGUUUUCGCACCGGUCUGUCUUGUCGCAGAAGUUAGAGGAGGAGAAGGAGUACGUGGUCGGGGAGAUCAAGGCGAUGGAAACGAACAACAUUGAGUUCAGGAUGCAAACGCACACGAAGAUGGACUCGGUGGAGUCCAAUUUGAUUGACCGGAUCGUGGGCGUCGAUCGGAAGUGCUACGACGCGCUCGAGGGACAAAAGAAACACGUUUUGAGGUAUAGUACUUACUUACUACUCUUGCACCACGACAGGGUUGUUCGUACAAAACAAUGGAAAUAAAGAAAAAAAUAAUCUGCUAUACUGCGCACUUCUUACAAGAAAAAACACGGCAGGGAAAUCCACUUUCGUUCAUAUGUGACAAGAGCAGAACCACUUUUGCCAGAAUUAACAUCAUCUGCGUCACCAAUAAGGACAUCAACAGUUUUUCAUCCUUUCACACAACAUCACGGAAAAAAAAUUCUUUAUCAGGUUUGAAAAGCAAACGGUGGAGACGCUGCAAAAGACCCGGCAGGACCUCGACGGCCAGGUGAAGAAGUUCGAGAUCAGAACCGAGUCGAGAUUGAACGAACAGUCCAUGCAGAUCGCGCGCGACAUUUCUGACGUGUGGAAAAAGCUGGACACCGAGGUGAAGUACCUGGAGAAGCUGUCCGAGGAAAUGCAGAACAAGAUAAAAGACCACGAGAACUCCGUGCAAGCGAACCUGACCAAUGCCCGGAAUUAUUGGGAGGAGAAGUUCAAACGCGAACUCACCACCCUGACGGAGUCCUUGUCCGAAAAGCUCCAAACCGCUAUCGAGAACGAACGGGCCGAGCGGAUCCAGCAGGAGGGCGAGCGGAUACACGCCAUGCAGAAACGGUUCGAGGCGCAUGAGUCGCUGAACCAACGGAGGCACGAAGAGCUGAACCAGCGGAUGCAGCAGUACUGCGACACGACGGAUAAAAGAUUCCAGGUCUUCAUCAAGGAAAACGAGCAGUUGUUGACCAAGAAGUGUGACUAUCUGCAGGACCAGAUCCGCGACUUCCGGUGGGACUUUGAUCAGGAAAAGAUCCGGCAGGAGGAAAUUCGGUUAAAAGACCAAGCUGAUUUGACACAGUGGAAGAAACAGGUGGAGGCCAAAAAUUUUGCGGUGAAGUAUACCUACGAGAAGUCGAUGACAAAUUUCCUGAACAUGCACUUUCUGGAGCAGUCUCGCGACUUCGAGCUGAUGAAGAAGGACAACCAGAACACGAAGGAGCGGAUGCAGCGGGGGCUGGACCAGGAGAAGAUGGAACGGAUAAAGAUGGUCGGGGAAACAAGAGCCAUUUUGGAAGAAUCCGAUGUGAGAGAGCACGGGAACACGAGACGGACGCUGGAGGAGAACAGACGUAUUUUUUUGAUCUUUGACGUGACUUCUGCAUCUGUAUUUUUAUGCAGAGUAUGUUGUUCGAGUUCGGCCGCGCCCGCGGCUUGUGAAGAUGUCGUGCGAGGGCUUAGGGAGAUGAACAGAUAGUGUUGGAGCUUUUUUACUCCUUAACAAGGAGCACAUGAUCAUCCUGCGUGAGAAAAUAUUUCUCGUAUUUUUGCGAGGGGGCACCGCAUGAGAAAAAAGAAAAACAGGUUCUCUCACCCGCGAGCUUGACGAUUUCCGCGAAGAGCAGGGUCUGGAGAACCAGAAACUACAGAACGAAAUAUCAACUGCAAAAAUGUCUGGCUCUGGAAACUUGUGUUGCUAAAAUGUCCAUGAUGAAAACACUCGCGAAUGCAGCCCAGUAUGACAACUUCCCAAAACGCUUUCUCAUAGGCAAUCCGCGUGACAAACUGCGUUUUUGCAUGACAAAAGAGGCUGCGACUCCUGUUGUUUAUGCAAUACAGAUUUCCCAGGAAUGUACAUGUAGAGCCAGCAUUACAAGUUCCAACCUUCCAGACCCAGACAUUUUUGCAGUGCAUACGAAACCCUCCGCGUCAAUUCGGAUUUGAGCCGGAGAAUCAAGACCACGGAUGACAAUCUGAGCAAGAACUUCGACGAGAAGAUGCUUGCAGAGCAGGUGGAGCGAACCGCAAGCCUGGAGGCGGCGGUACGAAAUGUUUUGCUCUUUCAAAAUUAUCCUUUGUGAUUUUUAACAUGCAGGUUAAGUAGUAGUUUGAUGACACUAGUAUCAGCACGGCAUCGCUUCUGAGUUAGGGUGGAGUUUUAUGGAAAAUAAAACCGGGUCCCACGACGGAGGUAACUACUUGCGACUAUGUACGGGAAAAAAGAAAAAACGCGAAUAAAGUUGAAAAAAUAAAAAUCCCAGAUCGCCUCCCUGUCCGACGUGUACCAAACCCAAGGCGCGUUCAAGGACUGGCUGGUCGAAUUUGAGCAAGUAAAGCAGAAGAUCGACGACGAUUUGCUCGAGGUGGAAAAGGAGAUCGACAAAAUGAAGGAUUACGAGGAGGAGCUGAAGCAGGCACAGGACAACGAUCGCCAAGCCACCGAGCAGACCUUCGAGGAAGUCAAAGCGAGCAUUAUCCCCACCGACAAAGCCGAAAAACUCUUCACCAAGGUCAACAAGAUCCCGGCAAACGUCGCGGCAGUUGUGGAGAGUUUGUCCCUCGACACGAAGCAAAGCCUCGAGAAAAUGGUGGCGAAGCAGGAAGCCGUGCAAUUCUUGAAACGGGAGCAGGACUUGCUGGCCGAUGGGAUGACAAAUCGGUUCUUGCAGGGGGUACUGGCGGAUACGCAGGCGCUGCGGCAGCGAGUCACGGUUCUGGAGUCGGUGGGGCUGGGCUUGGAUAACGACUAUGGGGGGACAAACUAGCACCGUGGCAGUGAGAACGGCUUUUAUUUAGUGCCCACAUAUUCGGGGGGAUUUUAGGUUUCGCGAAUUUGCGCAAGGUAAAAACGCGCACAACAUGUUGCCGCUUUUCGUUGGUGAGGGCAUGUGUCUGAAUGGGAAAUGCACCCACAGCACUUCUGGCGCUGGAUGUUUCGGGCGAUGCCGGGCGCCACUAAUGUAGUAAGUAAGUGAGUUUGUUAAGCAGACUCGCUACGAAUAUUGGCGCCGGCAGCGGCCUCCUGCGGUGUCGACCUUUUCGAUUUGUGUUUGCUCUCCAUGCACGCGCAAGGCAUUGAGCGCCCAACGUGGCGCUGCGGAACUUUCGGCAACUUCCCCGAGGUGACCUUCAACCGCAGCCGAGUGCCCUUCGGGCGGCUCUAGCCCUUGGGGCAAUUCCGGCGUGGCGGCUACGGCUUGGGACGCCCGCACGAAAACCAGAAGGGCUCCGUGCGUGUGUCGGCUUGGCCGGGGGCAAAAAGGAGGGCAGCCGCUAGGCCACCUGUGUUGCCCGUGCGUCUACAGUCCCCGCCCUGCUAGUGGUUUUUGAUCCGCCACGCAGCUCGCCGUGCGUAGCAUGCCUGCGGCACUGGCGCUUUGGAAAGCAGCCGGGCUUCGUGAGGUCCGUCCACAGGCUGGCUUCGUGUCGCUCAUCGGCUGCUGGCGCCGCCGGUGCUCUCCUUUUAGUGAAUAUGCGGGCCUCCCCCUCCCCAAAUAUUCAGUAUGCCGCCCUGAUUCCGAAUAUUUGGGGUGGUAGGGCCCCACAUAUUUGCCACACCCCCACGCAUAUUCACUAAAAGGGGCUGCCCACGCGUCUUUUUUUCAUUCACCCCCCCCACCCCGAGGCCGGUUUUCGAGCCCGGAGUGGGAAGGACGUUGUGAGCGCUUUUGUAAGCUAGCCGCGGCGCCUUUUGGGAGCGCGCCAACCACGGCGCCGUCAGUCGGUCGGCCUUUUUGUCAGGAGUAGCCGCACUGUCGGCCCAAAGUGCAACAAGACUCGCCUGCUAUUGCUCUGUCUCCCGAGUGGGCUACUUUUUCAAGCGGGGCCGUCGUGGGCCUACUCUGGCGCGCACCCUCAUGCCUGCGGAUGUCCGCGAGGCUGUGUAUCUUUUUCCACUUUCGACAUUUUCAAGAAAAUGGAAGGGGCCCCAUAAGUCUCGUGGCCGACGCAUCAGCAGGUCGGCCGCGCGGCUGGGUUGUCAUUCAGGGGCAGCGCAGUAGCCGUCUUGUCUCCUUAGGUUCGCCCGCGUCGCAGCCGCCUAUGCGUGUGAGCGCUCUCCCUCAUGCAUGAUGCCGCGGCGCCUUACUUGGCAGGCUGAAAAGAUGAAAGUGGCGCCCCAAAGGGGCCUGAAGCGCCGAGCCAUGCCCUUUCUUUUGGCGCCCGCAACGAAGCGCCAAAAUGCAAUCCAAAAAAAGUGCCCAAAUAUGUGGCCCCCAAAAAAAGGCCGUUUUGGAGUCGGUGGGGCUGAGCUUGGAUAACGACGUGCCGGACCUCGGAAAUGAGAACGCAGCGGGAGCAGCAGGUCCAGAAACCAAGGACGAGCCCGCGGCGGACGACAACGACGUGGAAAUGCAAGAAGAGGACCCCGGCCCAGCAGCGGACGAGGCGGACGCGGAAGAUAACACCGGGGGCGAUGAGGAUGAGGAGUAGAAGACUGCCUUGGUUGACAGAGCUUUAUAUCAUGUAUACAUGAACAUGAUAAAGCGUUUCCGUUUGUUUUUGUUUCCACUGAAUAAAGUCAGUUGAACUUGUUUUUUGAUGAUCAAAAGCUUGAACUUGACGCAAAGAAAUAACGACGUAAGAGGAAAAAAAUUAUUGACAAUAGAUUCAAAAGUUCUUAGAGCUGCUAGUGCUGUGCAUUGCAGAUUAAUAGUUGCUGCAACCACAACAAGCAGCGCAGCUCUUUGUUGACCUUCUGUUUCUGAUUUUCGAACUUUGAGACCAGAACUUUCCAUACCGGAAAAGUUUCAUAAAAAAAGUAUAUUUUGUGAACAUGCCGGUUCUUGCGGAGAUUUCUUGCCGCGAUCGGGCGAACGGUUGUACUACCAGAAACUAAAAUCAAAGAGCUUGCUCGAGAAAAACCGGCAGCGCAAACGUUUCAGAAGAUCAAUUAUCAGAAAAAAAAAAGCAAAG